AUGCUAGCCAAGCGCGUAUUCCCAGUCGCUUUGCUUACCAUCCUCGCAACUUCUUCUCCAGUGGAGAGGGACACCAAAGACUCUGCCCCUCUCUUGACUGCCAUUUCAAACGACCCAGACCUUUCCAUCUUCUACAGCCUUAUCAACAGCACUGGUGGCGCCAGCGGCAUUCCUGGUCCCCAAUUUGAAGAGCGAUUCAACAACCUCACUGAUGGACGCAAAUACACGGCCUUUGCACCUGUCAACUCGGCUUUCAAGAAUUUACUCCAAGAACUGAGCACAGCUUUGACAGCACCAGCGUCCUAUCCGCUACUCGAGUUUAUCCUGCGAAGCCACAUCGUACAAGGAUCGAUCACAACGGAAGACGUUAAGACUUCGGGCAAGUCCGUCACUGCCAUCGAAGGCACACCUCUCUCGUUCAGCUCGGCAGGAGAAACUGUCUCAGUCAACAAGCAAGCCAACUUAGUCUCCACGUCCAGGACCGAGGUCGGAAACGGAGCCAUCUUCAAAAUCACAUCGGUACUCGAUUCCUUCGCUGGACUCUUCGGGGCUGAUGAUUUCAACAAAGCCGCAUCCGCGUCAUACCCAGCAUCUCAGAACGAGGGUUCGAUUGCAUCGGCCCUGGCUUCUCAAAAAGACCUAUCGACAUACGUGGAGCUCUUGAACGCGACAUCUCCAGACUUUGCCUAUCUUCUCGACGGAUCUCUCGGCCAAGGCAAGAACCUCUCCAUCUUCGCGCCGAGCAACGAAGCACUUCAGGCUCUUGGGCAAAGCGUAAAGGCUCUUCAACCAAGCAACAACGCACUGUCUUCCUAUUUGCUCAAGUACCCUUUCAUUGACACGACAUCGACUGGUCAGGAGAAGUCCAUCGUUGGAUUCCCUGCCACCGUUGAAAGGGACAACAAGGGAGCUAUCACGAGCGUUAAUAACGCUGCUGUGAAGGGAGAGGCAUACUGUGUCAGUGGCGCAUGCGUGUACACUGUGGACAAGUGGUUGGACCCUAUCUUUGCGGGAGCUGGUGCGGGAAACUCUUCAGCAUCGUCAGGAGGGCCGGCUCUUGUUGAACAUAGCGGCAGCAACCCGAAUUCGCAUUGCUGCUAG